CCUUUAUUAAUCAGAAGAACAUACGGCAUUUUUUAUUGCAAAUCCUCUGCCUCUCCACUUCAUCUUCGCCUCCUGCCUUUUCACUUCACCUGUUCCUCCUAACUGUUCACUUUCGCUCACAAAAUCAAUUGCAAAUCUCAAAAUCAAAACAUAGAGCAGAAAGAGAUUGAAGGAGGCGCAUGCAUCUGUGAUUGGCUCAAAGGUGGAAGGUAAGGGUUGGAUUUGGUCUGGGUUUUCUGGGUUUUUUUUGGUGCAUGUGUGAUUGAAGCAACCAUGGUCGUCCCACUGCAGAUUUUUUUGGAUUUGUGAGUUUGUUUGCGUUUGAAUUUUGGGAUUUUCUGGGUUUGAAAUUUUUUGCUUUUUUUUUUCCUUCGAAUUUUGUGGGAUCUGGGUUUGAAAAGGGUUGUGGGACACGAUAAAGAAGCAGAUGGGAGGAACGAAGUAGGGAGGGUGAAGCGAGCAGAUUUGGCUUAGCAGUCUGGCCAAUUUCAGGGAGCCUCAUUAAGACCCUUCAACAAAGCUUUUAGUCCGACUUAGUCUAGGCAAGUCUCAUUAAACAUAGUCUCUGCGUGAAACAAACACGGGACUAAACUAAGGUGUAAUCUGAUCUAGUCUAAGAAAGUUUAAUGAAGCCAAACAAACGGGCCAUUAAAGUACGAACUACAAACCAUGAUGCACCAAAUUAAGUGCCUAGUUAGUCGGAUCACGUUUUUCCUUAAUUAAUCUUCAUUUCAAUUCACGCUGGAGAGCUUGCACAGUGAUGGAUAAUUUGCAUGGAAGCAACUGUUACUUGAAUAAAUAAAUAAAUAAUAGAGGAAGCAAAGCAUGCAUGCAUGCAAUUCAUCAUAUAUACAGGAGAGUUAAAAACACACCCUUUCGGCCUUGAUGCAUGCAUUCAACGUUGUUUCCCUGCAACUUCCACUUUAACCGUCGCUAUAUUUCACCCCUUUCUCCAAUUUUACUCAUCAUCCUUUUAAAUGAUCAAGGAUAACUUAUGAUUAUAUAUAAUCGAUAUCAAUUACGUCAACAACUUUCUAAACUUUUUCUUCAGAGAUUUUUUUUUUUUUUUUUUCAUUUAAAAACCAUAUGUAUCCCCUUUUGAACUACAAGACAAUUAUUAUUAUAAUAUUUCUAUUCUCCUCUGUCAAAGUAAACGAUGCAAUUAGUUAAUUUUCUACUCAAUUAAUAAACUUAAUUACUGUAACAUGUUUGAUCUAAUUGAGUAGUUUGUCAUCUGUAAUUGUCUGACCCCUUUUGUUUAUUCAAGUAUUUACUUAAUAAACUUUAUUACUGCAAAUUGUCCCAGUACGUUACUGUAGCAGCGUACCUUAACCAUCCACUGGGUUAAAUAAGGACUUUUGAAAUUUAGAGAUAUAUAUUUAGGAUAAAAAUUCUUAGAUGUUUUAGGUCAAUAAUGAAAAUUAGGCCAUAACGGGGGAGGGUCCAUUGUUAGGCCAAAGACCUUAUAGUCUUUGGAGACUUCUUUUCAAAAAGAGUAAAUUGUAGUAAUGGUCCCUCAACUUUAAUCAAAUUAGAGCAAUGGUCCUUCAACUAAAAAUUCAUUACCAUUGGUCCCUCAACUUAUCAAAAUGUGUAGUUAUAGUCAUUUUCAUCAAUUUCACGUGAUUACGGAGAUGGUGGCAUAAAACGUGAAUUAUGAAAGUAAGACACUGCACAUUCCACGAUAAUGUAAACAUACAUGGUACGUGAAAAGUGGGUGUGUGUGUGUGUAUAGUUUUCUUGCCAAACAAUAUAAGAGUUGUUAUGGUGGCAUAAAACCUAUAUGAGUUGUUAUAUGGGCUCUUGUUUGACUGGAUGAUCUAAAUUGAUAGUCUGACAAUAUAAACAUUAAAUAUCUGAUAAGAUUGAGAAGAAGCUAGAUACCAAGGCCAAGGACUUGUAAUUGAAGUUCUCAAAGACUUGUCUGUAUAGCAUAGAAGUACAGGAGGCCUCCUCAAGGUGGCUUGGAAGAUAGCUUGAAGCAUAAACAUGAAGAGGAACAAUGGGAAGCAUUUGUAUGAGUUGUUGGAUGGGCAGAAGAGAAGUGCAACAGCUUCUUUAAUCUUCAUCCUGUUGUUGCUGCUUUUGUGUGUUGCUGCGUUGUUAUUUGCUGGCUGGAUUGAUACUAGAAAGUUUAUAUUUUCAGGUACUUACUCUAACGAGUCGAUAACACCCACAAAAGAAACCCCAAAAAGAAAAGAAUUCCCUCUGCAGUGUACCAAAGGAAUUAAUGUAAAGCAAACUUGUCCAAGAACCAACCCUACCACACACAACCCCACAAAUCCUAACCGUCCAUCAAACCUCACAUGCCCGUCACACUUUAGAUGGAUCCAUGAAGAUCUACGACCAUGGAAAGGGACGGGAAUCACAAGGGACAUGAUAGAGCGGGCCCGAAAGACUGCGCAUUUUAGGCUUGUGAUCGUGGAUGGAAAGGCCUACAUAGAGAAGUAUAGACAAUCCAUACAAACUAGGGACAUGUUCACAUUAUGGGGCAUUUUACAGCUUCUAAGGGUGUACCCUGGUAGAUUGCCUGACUUGGAGCUCAUGUUUGAUUGUGAUGAUCGGCCUGUCGUCCGAUCAAAGGACUUUCAGGGGCCUAAUGUUGGCCCGCCACCGGUGUUUCGAUAUUGUGCAGAUGAGGAGAGCUUGGACAUUGUGUUUCCAGAUUGGUCCUUUUGGGGCUGGGCUGAGAUCAACAUAAAACCAUGGAGAAGUUUAUUGCCAAGCAUAAAAGAAGGCAAUAAAAGAACAAAGUGGAAGGACAGGAUACCUUAUGCUUACUGGAAAGGCAACCCUUAUGUGGCUCCAACCAGAAUGGACCUUCUCAAAUGCAAUGUCUCAGAAAAAAAUGACUGGAAUACACGCCUUUAUAUACAGGAUUGGGAGAAAGAAUCUAAACAAGGGUACAAGCAAUCUAACUUGGUAGACCAGUGCACACACAGGUAUAAAAUAUAUGUAGAAGGAUGGGCAUGGUCUGUAAGUGAAAAAUACAUCAUGGCAUGCGAUUCUAUGACGCUGUAUGUAAAACCUCGUUACUACGAUUUCUUUAUGAGAGGCAUGACGCCAUUGCAGCAUUAUUGGCCUAUUAGGGACAACAGCAAGUGCACUUCUCUUAAGUUCGCGGUGGAAUGGGGCAAUAAUCACACAGACAAGGUGCAGGAAAUUGGGGAGGCAGCUAGCAAAUUCAUACAAGAAGAUCUAAAGAUGGACCGUGUGUAUGAUUACAUGUUUCAUGUGCUAAAUGAAUAUGCAAAGCUCUUGCAAUUCAAACCGACUAUACCUCCCAGUGCAGUGGAGCUAUGCUCAGAAACAAUGGCAUGUGCUGCAAAGGGUACAUGGAAGAACUUCAUGGUGGAGUCCAUGGUGAAGUAUCCUAGUGAUGAACUGCCAUGCACUCUGCCUCCACCAUACGAUUCUCCGGCUCUUCGUAAUUUUCUUGAGAGAAAGGCUAAUUCAACUAAGCAAGUGGAAGCUUGGGAAGAUGAAUAUUGGAAAAGUAGCAAUAAAACGCAAUAGAACCUUUUCCAAUGUCUCCUGUUGUGCAUUUUCUGUAUUCCAUAGGCUAUGACUUGUAAUUUUAUGUCCUAGACUUAAAUGAAGAGAUUUGAACAUAGGAUUCCAAGUAACUUUGCUGAUUAAUAUCCACUUAAAGUUUUAUC